CCCGCAAAAAAAGUGUGCAUAUAAAAAAACCCCUCACCUAAUUUUUUCUUUUCUACUCAAUUGCAGUUUUUUAACACUUCCUUUUCCUCUACUAUUCAUUCCUCUUUUUCUCCCUUCUCUACAUAAAAAACACCCCCCUCCUCUGGAAAAUGCUUUCCACAAAGGCUUUUACAAAGAUUGCCAAGGCCAUUCAAAAAGAUGUGCCUUCGCGGUUCUAUGCUCAAGCUUCAACCAACUGGGCCAAACAAAAGGUGUCCAUGUCCAACUUUGAAAAGAAUAAAUACAUCAAUUACCAGCGUAUUGAAGAUAACCUGCAAAUCGUGAAGAGAAGAUUGAAUCGGCCACUGACAUACUCUGAAAAAAUCGUCUAUGGCCAUUUGGAUGAACCCGAAACGCAAGACAUUGAACGCGGCAAAUCUUAUCUCCGCCUGCGUCCCGAUCGUGUGGCAUGCCAGGAUGCUACAGCUCAGAUGGCCUUGUUGCAGUUCAUGUCCGCCGGUUUACCGACCGUGGCCGUACCGACUACCGUUCACUGUGAUCACUUGAUUCAAGCCCAAGUGGGAGGCGCUCAAGAUCUGGCACGCGCCCUUGAAAUCAAUAAGGAGGUAUAUGACUUUUUAGCCACCGCUACAGCCAAAUACGAUAUCGGUUUCUGGCGUCCAGGAAGUGGUAUUAUCCAUCAAAUCAUCCUUGAAAAUUACGCGUUCCCCGGUGGUCUGAUGAUCGGAACUGACUCGCACACCCCCAAUGCGGGUGGUUUGGGUAUGGUGGCCAUUGGUGUAGGCGGAGCUGAUGCGGUCGAUGUCAUGGCCAACAUUCCCUGGGAACUCAAGUGCCCCAAGGUCAUUGGUGUCAAACUUCACGGUAAACUCCACGGUUGGACCUCGCCCAAGGAUGUCAUUCUCAAGGUCGCUGGUAUCUUGACCGUAAAGGGUGGUACAGGUGCCAUCAUUGAGUACCACGGCAGUGGUGUGGACUCUAUCUCUUGUACCGGUAUGGGUACGAUCUGUAACAUGGGAGCUGAAAUCGGAGCAACCACUUCCCUGUUCCCCUUCAACGAGCGUAUGGCCGAUUAUUUACGUGCGACCAACCGUGACCAAGUCGCCAAAUACGCUGAAGCUUUUGCACCCAAUUUGCAAGCCGACGAAGGUGCCCAAUACGAUGAACUGAUUGAAAUCGAUCUGGACAAACUGGAACCACAUAUCAACGGUCCCUUCACUCCUGAUUUGGCGACGCCACUCAGCGCCUUCAGGGACGCUGUGAAAGAAAAUGACUGGCCUCAGGAACUCAAAGUGGGUUUGAUCGGUUCGUGUACCAAUUCGUCCUAUGAAGAUAUGACGCGUGCCGCUUCCGUGGCUCAGCAAGCGGUGGAUCACGGUGUCAAGGUCAAGUCACAAUUCACAAUCACGCCUGGUUCCGAGCAGAUCCGCGCAACUAUUCAACGUGACGGUAUCAUGGAUGUUUUGACCAAGGCCGGUGGUGUCGUCCUUGCCAAUGCUUGUGGUCCUUGCAUUGGUCAGUGGGAUCGAAAGGAUGUGAAAAAGGGUGAAAAGAAUUCCAUCAUCACUUCGUAUAACCGCAACUUCACCGGUCGCAACGAUGCCAACCCUGCCACUCACGCAUUUGUGGCCUCACCUGAAAUUGUCACCGCCAUGACGAUCGCCGGCGAUUUGACUUUCAACCCUGAAACCGAUUCGCUCACGGGAGCCGACGGUAAGCCGUACAAAUUGAAGCCACCCACCGGUGACGAGCUUCCUCCUCGAGGCUAUGAUACCGGUGAAAACACGUAUCAGGAACCUCCGGCCGAUCGAUCCAAAGUGGAAGUCAAGGUGGAUCCCAAUUCCAAACGCCUGCAGCUUCUGAAACCUUUUGAAAAGUGGGACGGAAAAGACAUCAAGGACAUCCCUAUCCUUAUCAAGGUCAAGGGCAAAUGUACAACCGAUCAUAUUUCCAUGGCCGGCCCCUGGUUGAAGUACCGUGGUCAUUUGGAUAACAUCUCCAACAACAUGCUUAUCGGUGCGGUCAAUGCCGAGAAUGGUGAAGUCAACAAGGUCAAGAACUGUUUUACGGGUGAAUACCACGGUGUACCUGAAACGGCGCGUGAUUACAAAGCCAGACACGUACGGUGGGUGGUGGUAGGUGACGAGAAUUACGGUGAAGGUUCAUCACGUGAACAUGCCGCUCUUGAACCCCGUUUCCUCAACGGUGCUGCCGUGAUUACCAAGUCGUUUGCCCGUAUCCACGAAACCAACUUGAAGAAACAAGGCAUGCUCCCAUUGACGUUUGCUAAUCCUGCCGAUUACGACAAGGUGGAACCUACCGAUAAGGUCGAUAUCCUUGGUUUGACAGAUUUCCAAGAAGGCAAACCCCUCACCAUGCGUCUGCACAAGGCCAAUGGUAAGACCGAAGAUAUUGAACUUAACCAUACCUUUAAUUCCGGUCAAAUCGCAUGGUUCAAGGCCGGAUCCGCAUUGAAUUUGAUGAGGGAACAAAUCAGAGAUGCUUAAAAAAAGUACACAUAUUAUGCCACCACAUCAAAAUAAAAAGGAAAAAUGGAAAUCAUGAUGAAUGAAAUAACUACAAUUGCAAUGUAACAUCAUGUCUCGCUUUCCGACGGCCUUGAUAGUAAAUUCUUGUCUAUCGACGGUGAUCGCCAGCUUUUUUCACGUGGAAUGAACAUGCUUUUGUUUUAUGGUUUCUCUAUAUUUAGAAUGGAUUGUAAGGGCACAGUUCUGUGAGUUCUUUGGCACUCCCAUAAAGCUUAAAUACGUGAUAAUCGCUCUGCC